CCGCGCCUCGCUUUCGGCGGCGGUGGCAGUGGCGGCGGCGGUGGUGGCUCCUGGAGCCGGCGCGUGUCCAGCCCUCGCGGCGGGACCCGGGUCCUGAUAAGCCCUGCCUGGGCUCAAGCGUGCGGAGAAUGGAAACGCGCGCUCAGCCAUGUCUCUGGGCCGCCUCCUUCGUCGGGCCUCCUCCAAGGCCUCAGACCUCCUGACCCUAACCACGGGGGGCAGUGGCGGGUCCCUCUCCGUCCUGGAUGGAGAGGUCAUCUACUCCAAGAACAAUGUCUGCGUGCAUGCACCCGAGGGGCUGCAGGGCCCUGGGGAGCACCACCCAGAGCUGUGCAUGUAUCUGGGAUGCCACCUGCCCAGCCAGCCCUUGACCGCCUGCCCUGCGACUCCCCACAGGGUAUCUGUGCCUGUACAUGGAGAAAGAUGAGCUGCUGGGAGCUACCCUCAUCCUGGCAUGGGUUCCCAACUCUCGCAUCCAGAGACAGGACGAGGAGGCCCUACGCUAUAUCACUCCCGAGAGCUCUCCUGUGCGCAAGGCACCCCGUCCUCGGCGGCGGCGCACCACAAGCCUGGGGGCCCUCUACCAACCCUCUCCCACAGAGCCAAGGCCUCCCCUGAUUCCCAAAGACGAGGACAUCCUGGUGGUGGUCCAGAACACGCAGGAUACUGCGCACAUCAGCCCUACAGAUGAAGAUGGGGAAAAGCUGGCCCAGGGCCCAGAGGUGGAUGGGGCCCUGUCCACCUCACAGCCUGUGCAUAGUGACUCAGGGAUCCUGUCUACAGUCAGCUCCCAGGAUGGGACGGAGGAUGGCCGGGAGCCUCGGCCCGAGGCUGUGGAGGAAGAGGGCUCUUUGGAGUUGUCGGCCGAUGGCGUGAGCAGGGAUAGCUCCUUUGACUCGGACUCUGACGCCUUCUCUUCGCCCUUCUGCCUCUCCCCCAUCAGUGCGGCCCUUGCGGAGGGGAACAGCUCUGCAUUCCUGGAGAGCGAGGGCAGCAGACAGGCCAUCAACUGUUGGGUUGGAACGCCAAAGGAAGGAAUUAGCUCCCCCUCCAGCUCCGAUGCCAACCUGCGGUUCCCUGACAGCAAUGGCCUCCUGCAGACGCCUCGCUGGGAUGAGCCCCAGCGGGGAUGUGCUCUGGAGCAGAUCUGUGGUGUGUUCCGAGUGGACCUGGGCCACAUGCGCUCCCUGCGGCUCUUCUUCAGUGACGAGGCUUGCACGAGUGGCCAGCUGGUGGUGGCCAGCCGAGAGAGCCAAUACAAGAUUUUUCACUUUCACCACGGCGGCCUGGACAAGCUCUCCGAGGUGUUCCAGCAAUGGAAAUUCUGCACGGAGACACACCUCAGGGACCAGCAGGUCACGGAUGAGAGGACAUGUAUGCAGUUCUCCAUCCGAAGGCCCAAGCUGCCGUCCUCUGAAAUCCACCCUGAGGAGAGCCUGUACCGGAGGCUGGACGUGUCUGCCUGGCUCAACCACCUGAAUGACCUGGGCCAGGUGGAGGAGGAGUACAAGCUACGCCAGGCCAUUUUCUUUGGUGGCAUUGAUGUGUCGAUCCGUGGGGAGGUCUGGCCUUUUCUGCUGCACUAUUAUAGCCACGAGUCCACGUCGGAGGAACGCGAGGCACUUCGGUCGCAGAAGCGAAAGGAAUACGCAGCCAUCCAGCAAAAGAGGCUCUCCAUGACUCCAGAGGAGCAGAGAGCCUUCUGGCGUAAUGUGCAGUUCACUGUGGACAAAGACGUGGUUCGGACAGAUAGGAACAACCAGUUCUUCCGAGGGGAGGACAAUCCAAACGUGGAGAGCAUGAGGAGGAUCCUGUUGAACUAUGCUGUGUACAACCCAGCCAUCGGCUACUCACAGGGCAUGUCAGAUCUGGUGGCGCCUAUCCUGGCUGAAGUCUUGGAUGAAUCAGACACCUUCUGGUGCUUCGUGGGUUUGAUGCAGAACACCAUCUUUGUCAGCUCUCCCAGGGAUGAGGACAUGGAGAGACAGCUGCUGUACCUGCGGGAGCUGCUGCGGCUGACACACCAGCGCUUCUACCAACACCUGGUGUCCCUGGGUGAGGACGGCCUCCAGAUGCUCUUCUGCCACCGAUGGCUCCUGCUCUGCUUCAAGCGAGAGUUUCCUGAGGCCGAGGCCCUGCGUAUCUGGGAGGCCUGCUGGGCCCACUACCAGACGGACUACUUCCACCUGUUCAUCUGUGUGGCCAUCGUCGCCAUCUACGGGGAUGAUGUCAUCGAGCAGCAGCUGGCCACGGAUCAGAUGCUGCUGCACUUCGGAAACCUGGCCAUGCAUAUGAAUGGAGAGCUGGUGCUCAGGAAGGCCAGGAGCCUCCUGUACCAGUUCCGCCUUCUACCACGGAUACCCUGCAGCCUCCAUGACCUGUGUAAGCUGUGUGGGACAGGCAUGUGGGACAGUGGGUACAUGCCAGCUGUGGAGUGUGCUGGCCACCACCCAGGCUCAGAGAGCUGUCCCUAUGGGGGCACAGUGGAGUUGCCAUCACCCAAGCCUUCAAGAGAAGGCAAGAAAGGCCCAAAGGCACCGCGGGAGGCCUUUGGUUUCCGAAGAUAGAAAAGCCCCUGCCCUUGACCAUCGACGAGGGGACCGCCAUGAGGUCCUGGGCAAGGGGGUGGGGGAGGGGAUGGAUAUGGCGAGGACACAAGGAAAAGCCUCUGGCCAGGGUGAAGGGAACCUUGUCAUGAUGACAAAAUCGGGCUCUAGAACUGACAUUAGGUAUCAGCUGUCCCUGGAGUUCAGCUCCUGAAAGGCUAGCCCAGGGUGUCUGGCUAGCCACUGGAAUGCAGGCUGCUGGCUGGCUGGGGUGUUCCAGCAGAGACCAGGAGUCUCUCCGCAAGCUGUGGGCAAGGCAGGGUCUAGAAAGGGCCUCGUGCUCACACCCAUGCCAGGGGACAGAGAGGAGCAGGAUUGUUGUCUGAGUGAACCAAGCACACUUGCGAAGCUUCAUGGUCACAGCUGCAAGACUGGCAUGAAGACUCCUGUCCAAAAGAGAAAGAAAAGGAAGGGAGGGGGGAGGGAGGGAGGGAGGGGGAGAGGGUGGGGGAAGAAAAGCUUAUGAGGGCAGGUGUUCUGGCCUGGCCUUCUCACAGUGUCCAUAUGAGUGUUCUGUGUCCUGCAAUGUAUGGGAAGGACACGCCUACCCCGAGCCAAGUGUCAGAUGCACCCUCCACUGGGAUCCUCCCCUGAGGAUCUAAGGUGUGUGCAGAAACAGCAACCCACUGGGGCCUGAAUAGGUUGAUGGGUGUGGUGUGCGCAGCCACGAUGUCCUCUGAAUACUUGGUCCCGGAGAAGGGGGAGAAUAUAACUCCCCAGCCAAGACAAAGGCAUCUGGCCUGGCUUGGAAGCUGCCUCCGCCGCCAUGCUGGACCUAGGGAACUUCUGGGAUGCUCUCUUCCUUUUAAUAAGGAAAACGCCCACACUCCAUCCUCCAAAGCUGAGGAUUGUGGUUGGAUAAAAGUGUGUUCCAGAGCUUUCCUAGCCAGUGUCCCAAAAGCUGGUGCAAGCAAGGAGCCUGGAUUCCUCCACGGAGGGCUGAAUCCUCAUAGUGGGUGCAGGCGGCAGGGUCGGUGGAGAUGCCUCUGCCUUUUGGCUUUUCUCACUAAGAGUGGUGCUGCAGGACAGUGCCACGUUUAAAGGUGCUGACCAGAAUAAGAGGGGGCGGAGCCUCAGAAUGAGAAGGGUGGGCCCUCAGAAUGAGAGAGGGCGAGGCCUCAAAAUGAGAUGGGCGGGAUCACCGAUUGAAAGGGCGGGGCCUCGGAAUGAGAGGGGCGGGCCUUCAAAAUGAGAGGGGGCAAGGCCUCAGAAUGAGGAGAGGCUCAGCAUAAGAGAGGCGGGGCUUCAGAACGAGGGGCGGGGCCUCUAGGCCUCCUUUCUCAGCUUCCCUUGCUCCGUGAGCUCAUCCCCUAUCUGAAGGCCCUCCUGAGAAUGUGAGUCCUUCUAGGAAGAGACUUUGGAAGUGGAUGUGCUAAUCUUGGGGGGUACUGUCCUUUGUGAGCAACAGUGCAGUCCUGGGAGUGGCCUUUCAUCUGAAUUGCUUUCUAUACUGGCUUCUGACUCUUCCUGGAAGCUAGAGCCACAAACAGGUAUAUCCACACUGCCUAUCACCCCAGUAACAGAAAUGCAGGGCAGAGCCUCAGUGACCUAGAACUCUGUGCACCUGGCUGGCACAGACUGCAGUCCAGGUUGGGUGGUUCUGGUCUUGUGUAGUUUGCCUCAUCACUUCUGGGGUUGUCGCCAUCUCUGAAAUCCCCGUGGGUAGGUAUAUGGGUGAGACAGCACUGGCCUCUGGGUCUUAGGUCACCCCAUGACGGUAGAGGCAGAAAUGGGUGGUGUUUUUUUAGUAAGUGGAUACCCCCACUUGCUAACCAUGUCAAAGCAAGUUGAACGGCUGAAGCCAGCAUCCAGCCCUGGGAAGGUGAACCCUUGUCUUGGGGUCUUCUCUUGGUAGUCAUGUGACAGAAGCCUGGUAAUUCAGAGGGGGUCCCAUAAGCCUACCUCCCCAGGAUCACACUUCUGUCCUGCACCCCAGUAUCUACACUCCAAUGUUUUGAUUGGGGACAGCUGGAGCAGAUCCAAAGACUUACUGGCCAUGGAGAGUCUCAGCAUUUAUUCUAAGUCUCUAGCUCCCACAGUCCUCCCCCCUCCAGUGCUCCCCAAGACCUGACCCAACCUGUUCAGUGACAGCCUUGUGCCAGGUAUGUCCCCUCUAGUCCUAUGGACUACUGGACCUUGGUGUUACCUCAGGCCAGCUGGGGCCUCUGCAGCCAGACAUGGUGUGUGGGCUCUCGGAGCCCUGCUCUGCUCUGAGGACGAGAGAGGCCCCGCGCAGAGCAGCAACCUUAAUCUGGAUGCAAUUAGAGGAAACCAGCCAAAUGCCCUGUGGCAGCUGUUACCCCAGGAUUAUUCCCAGUCAGCAAAAGGCAUUAGAGUGAUAAUUCAGUCAUUAGACUUCUAGCUGUCUCACAGCCAGGACGUACAAAUCACGGGUAAUCAGCAAGUACACCGUCCCCUGGCCACGAGGCUUAUUUAACCCAUUUUUUUAAAAAAAUGAUGCUUAAUGCUAUUGGCCGGGCGCAUCUGUGUGCGCAUGCCCCACCGAUAAUGUCUGUGCUGACGACAUUGCUUAAUGUCACCAAGGCCUUGUCAUCUAGGGCUCUGGGAGAGAAGGACGCCUUUGAUGUGCGUGUGUGCUGUCACUGCUGAGACAUGAUGCCUACCUUGGAAAGGGCGCCCUCACUUCUGACUCACCCUCCAAGGAGAAGGGAGAGGGCAAGGGAGGGGGCAGCAGCAGAAUGUGUCCUCCUCUCUCUGGGUUAGAGGAUGUCUUCACUGGGCACAGGAAAGACAUUGCCUGCCUAGAAAGUUGCACCUGGAGUGCCAGCCAAGAGGCCUAGCUGUUUCUGCAGAGGAGGGCCGAAGUCCCCAGAGAGGCUCUGUUAGUAACCUUGAGCUGGGCGAUCUGUUGCAGAGCUAUGUGGUUGCUGAUCAAACCGACCCGGGUUAGGGAGGGGCACAUGCUACAUUCAGAAGGGGAUGACUGGGGGCCUGGCUUUGAGUGCAGGACACCAGCCCAAGAGAGGCUCUGGAGCUGGUGCCUUCGAUGGCCAGGGCAGGAUGGCAGUAAAUAAGUGGGAAGAGGAAUGCUUGCUGUCAGGGUCAGCUCCUGAAAGGCUCCUUUGACCUCUGGCCUGUAUUUGUGUUUUCCUUACUGCUUUGCUGGGGUUUUGCUGUGCUGGGGAGGGGGGAGUAGGGGGUGCAGUACGUGGAACUUGCUAGGCCAUAAGCGAUGCAGUCGUCUUUGACAACAUUAAUUUAGAUGGCGAUCAACCCCAGGGUUCCUGGAAUCCACCUGUGACCUCCCUCCGCUCUGUCAGUUCCCUUCUACUGCAGUCAGGCCAGGAGUGUCAGGCAUACCCGGGGCUGGCCAGACAGAGGGAAGGAACCUGGCAGAGAUCCCUGGAGGCCACCCUGCCUAGAACGGAGACGAUGAUGACAGGUUCCCCCAGAAAACUUAUGCAGGGCUAUGCUAUGGCCUGGGUUAUAGGGGAGCCAGGACUGCCACCCAGCUGGGCCACCAGAGACGACAUAGGGAAACUGGCUAGCCUGAGGCUGGACCUGGCAGAUCCCUGGAGUCUCUGAAGAGACAAGUGGCCUCUGGGUGUUAGUGUUGUGUUUCUACAGAAGCUGUGAUGUGUUUUGUCAUGGGCUAGCCUGGUCUAGCCGGAUUGUGACACCCCAAAUCUAAGAAGCCAGUUUCUCCCAGAGCUUCUGCAGCAGGGAGCAAGGGGUUCCCCCAGCCCACUUCCUUGCCUAUAAAAGGAGAACAAGGCCCUCCCACAGACUCCUUCAAAAGACUUCUCUGAGGCUGCCAUGAGGGUGGCUAACUAUGGCCCAGGGACUUCACCCGCCACUCAGGGACGAGCCCACUGGCCUUAGCCUUCCGCAGCAUUGACCGAGAGGGGUUGUCCACUCCCAGUCGAAUGCCCUCCCAGGUCUGAAGUCAGCAAACCAAUGCCUCUCCUGCACUUCUACCUUGCUGAGUGUCCUCCGCAGAGGGCAAAUCUCUCUGUAACGUUCACUCUGUGCCACCCACGCCUACCCUGAAGAAAAAUGAGCCACAAAGCCGCCUCAGCGGUCUCGGUCUGCGCCUAGCUAUGCACAUAGGUGUUUGCAGAGCUCUUCCAUGGACGGCCCUCGGAGGGGGAGACCCUUUCUGAGGACUCUGCACUUUCUGAGCAGCUGCGUGCAGAUGCCUGCUGCCACCAGGCCUUUAAAUACAUUGUGUUCAAUUCCAGGUGGGAAGAUAGCAUUUCAGGUUUGCAGAAAUCAAGUCACAUGACUGUCUUCCUUCCACACUUUGAGGAUAAGGAGGACAGCUUUUUUGUGUGUUUCGUUUUGUUUUUAAAGUAAGGAAAUACCCCCAUUGCUGAUGUCUAUAGCAAGUGAUUCGUUUCUCUGUUGCAUUUUGUUUUUUUAAGCAGUCCCCUUCCGGUCAAGGUCAGGACUGGUCACCAUGACCCCUGUGAAUAAUGAUUCUCAUGGAUUCCUCACAAAACAAAUAAAAUAGUAUCACCACA